CACACACACACACACACACACACACACACACACACACACACACACACACACACACACACACACACACACACACACACACACACACACACACACACACACAAAACAGAAAUAAGAGAAUUUGUGGUUUGGCUCAUGGUUAGUGAUUGGCCUGAAUGACGUGCUGAGACCUGACGAUGUGGACAACGCAGACGUAUAUAAGAGAGCUUUCUCCCCUGAGGAGAUAAGAUCAGAUGACUGCCCUCCAUAAAAGCCUGAAGAUGACGUGGAGCCCCUCCAAGAUCCAGAAAGCUGCUAGGAUGGACACAACGCACAAGAAAGCCCUGGUGUUCGUUUUGAUGUUGCUGCUGUCUCAGCUGGAUUGUAACGCCCAAAUUGUGUCUGAGUGCUGCAGACAGCCUCCUCACUCCUGCCGCCUCUAUGUCUUACUGUGCCGUUCUGGCAGCAAUAGCAUGGGGGGAACAAUUGUAGAAGAUGCAGCUGCUGGGAUCCUCACGCUGGGUAAACGGGACGAGAAUGAGUAUCGCUUGCAGAGCCGACUCCACCAGCUUCUUCACAGCUCCAGGAACCAAGCAGCAGGGAUCCUGACGAUGGGGAGGAGGACCACUGGGCCAACUGGGGAGCAGUGAACUGGCUUAUUCAAGACAAAAACAUCUAAUCUCUCUGUUUAACAUGAACCAUUUUGGGACAGUGUUUGUAUGAAAUCUAUUUUGUUUUGUGAUGUGUACUUGUGCAAAAUGCAUCUUUUUGCAUUAUUUAAAGAUGAAUGAUUGUAAGCUUUACACAUGAAGCUAUAACCUUUGGAAAUGUGAAUGACUUUGUGAUUAUGGUAAUUAAAAAUUUGAAUCCAAGACCAGGUUUCAUGAAUGAUCAGUAAGUGUGUUUUAUUCAGAUUUGUUCAUUCUUUAAAAAAAUAAUCACACAUUUUUACAAACAGAAAAUCAAAGAAAAACAAUUUUGCUCCAAGGCGCAGUCCGAUUUCCUAUCAGAGAGUCGGAUUCAACUGAUUCUGCUGAUUAGUAAAAUGAUCUGUGGCCAAUCAAAAGAUGGGAAAAAUCUCACUAAUUUAGAAAAUAUGAUGACUCGCACUUGUAU